AUGGAGCAAACUUUUAAUUUUCCUUAUAAGCCUUACGAUGUUCAGCUUGAUCUCAUGAAUGAGCUUUAUAGAACCCUUGACACUAAAAAGGUUGGAAUUUUUGAAAGCCCAACAGGAACAGGAAAAUCGCUAAGCAUAAUUAGCUCAUCCUUCAAGUGGCUUCGUGAUCAGAACUAUCCUCGGCCUAGCAAGAAUUAUCGCAAAAAAAAGCACGCAAUAAGUCAAUAUUUUCCAAAAAUUGUAUACACAAGUAGAACUCAUUUACAGUUAGACCAAUUUAUUUCUGAAAUUAAAAAAACAAUUUGAGGUCAAGGAGAAGACAAAAUUCGGGCUGUCAGAGUCGGAUCAAGAAAGCAAUUUUGUAUCAACCCAGAGCUUGAAGAAUUCAAAAAUUCAUAUGAAAUUGAUCAUAAAUGCAAAGAAAUGAUAGGAGAAGCGUAUUAUGACGACACAGAUGAAGACACAGAUAAAGAAGAAGGCGAAUUAAAUGAGAAAAUGCAAUUAGAAGAAGCUAAAAAAGACCCGGAAGAAGAAAAAAUGAUGGUAGAAGCCGAAAUUGAAUAUAAGGAAGAAGAAAAUGAAGAAUUAGAGAAUAAAAAUAUAAAAAAUAAAAAGCCAAAACAAAGAGAAAUUCAUUGUUCAUAUUUUAGCGGAGCCAAACGCAUAUGUGAGCACAUAAUCAAUGAAAUACGUGAUAUUGAAGAUCUAUUAAUAGCUGGCAGAAGAGAGCAUGGCUGCCCAUAUUAUGGCUCAAGGCUUGCUAUUGAAGAAGCAGAAGUUAUUAUAGCCCCCUAUUUAUCAAUUCUUAACAAAAGAAUACGUAAUCGCUCCAAAAUAAAUUUACAAAACUCUAUUCUUAUCAUAGACGAAGCUCAUAAUUUGAUAGAAUCAACAAUCGACGCAUACUCAGCUUCUUUGACAAAUAGCCAAAUAAAGCAAUGCAAAAAGACUUUAAGCGAAUAUUAUUAUCAUUACUGAAGUGGCUGGAGUUCUGAAAAAGCAAGCCGUGUUAACUAUAUUUUACAGUUUAUAAGAAAAUUAGAUGGAUUUAUUAGUUGAGCCAUGAAGGACCCUACAAAAAAAGGCCUUUCGAUCCCAGUAAACGAUUUUAUUAAGAAAUAUAGCUUUGGGAGAGGCAGAUAUGAUGAAAUUCUUAAAUUUAUAGAAAAAGACGAUUUAGCUAGAAAAGUUAUGGGAUUUGGUAAUCUUUCUUCACACGAUAAGACGUAUUUUUACUAUUUUAUUGAGUUUUUAGAGUGCUUUAUAAACGACCCUACAGAUUCCUGCAUAAUUUAUGAUAGGUGUGAAGGAGCUGAUCCUAAAAUAAAAUAUUUGCUGCUAAAUCCAAUAAUUCCCUUCAGAUCUAUUUUAAAAGCAGUACGAUGCAUUAUCCUAAUCGGAGGCACAAUUGAGCCUCAAGAAGAAUUUAUAGAUCUUUUUGAAGACAUCCCUCGCUCAGAAAUGGCUUUUUUUUCAUGCGGCCAUGUGAUUCCUCCAGAAAAUUUAUUAGUUUCUAUAGUGCCUAAAGGGAAAAGUGGCAGACCUUUUAAAUUUGUAUUUGAGAAACGAGACGAUCUUAUAAUGAUGACUGACCUUUGUGAGCUGAUAACUGACGUAAGUCAGGUGGUUCCUAAUGGAAUCGUUGUUUUCCUGCCCUCUUUCAGUUUUUUAGGAAAAUUGCAGAACUAUAUAAAUAGUGAUUGUGCUAAAAAAAUCCAAAAAUAUAAAAAAAUAUUUUACGAUAAGAGAAAUGAGAAUAUUUUAGACCAGUAUUCAAGCUGCGCCCAAGGAGAAGGUGCCAUACUUUUUGCAGUCGCGAGAGGUAAAUUAAGUGAAGGAAUUAACUUUAGUGAUGAGCUGGGCAGGUGCAUUAUAAUGGUUGGGUUACCUUAUUUAAAUUGUUUUGAUAUAGAAGUUAAAGAAAGAAUUAAUUUUUUAGACUCAAAAAAUACUGGAUUUAAUGGAAGAGUUUUCUAUGAGACGAAUUGUCAUAAAACUAUAAAUCAGUCAAUAGGAAGAGCAAUUAGGCAUGCAAAUGAUUAUGCUGUAAUUUUAUUGGUGGACGAAAGGCAUACAUUUUAUAAGCGCCCUGUAUGGAUGAGAAUGAAUUGUAUUAAUGAAAGUGUAAAUGGGAUAAGUGAAAUUUUAGGCCGUGUUAAAGGGUUUUUUGAUUUCAAGACUCCGGAAAAUAAUUUUGAAGAGAGUUAUACUUAUGAAAUUAGUAGUGAAUAG